AUGUCUCUUGUUGAUCUCAAUAUUGGAGUGGCCAGAAUCCGUGGGGAUCGGGAAACUCAAAUGGAUAGGUUUGAUAUUAGAAAUCAUUAUUUUGACGAAGAAGGAUAUUCGCUUUUCAUGAUUUAUGAUGGGCACGGCGAUGGUAGAUUUUCUAAGCAUGCCAAAGAAAAUUUGGCAAACUUUAUCGUAAAUGAUCCCGAAUUUAAACUAGGCAAUUAUGAAAAAGCUUUCGUCAACGCCUUUCAACAAGAAGAUCAUGCACUGAGAUCAGCCUUUGGAACCUACCAUGGCGGUACAACCGCGACAGUCGCUUUGUUUUUUAAGAAUUCCAACACUUGUUAUGUCGCAAAUGUUGGUGAUAGCACUGCAUUUCUUGGCAGUAUACCAGGAGGCUACAAUGAAGCCAAAGCUAUUGCAGUGAGCUUUGAUGACAAAGUCGAUAAUUCCAUGGAAUUAGACAGACUUAUGUCUGCUCAGGCCGCAGUUCGUAGAGGAAGAAUAUUUCGCCCAGGUCACUCAGUUAAUAUGACCCGAGCUCUAGGAGACUUUGAUUUUAAGGCUCCACUCACUCCAUCAGGAGAAGACUGGAUUUCACCAAUUCCUCACAUACAUGAGAUCAAUUUAGUUCCUUAUGAGGACGAAUUUCUGAUUAUGGCCUCAGACGGCUUGUGGAACGUCUUCAACGAACAAGCAGUUGUUGACGAAAUUACUAUUUGCCUUGAUCGGGGAUAUAAUGUGCAUCAAAUUGCUUCAACACUUGCAAAAACUGCAGUUAAAAUGGGACAGCCAAGAA